GGUAAUGUCAUACAAAAGUCAAAACAUGUUAAAAUAAAUUAAAUAACCUCAAAAAUAGUUUCCCAUAUCUAAAAGUGUUUGUUUACAAUUAUAAACAAGAGAUAAUGGUUAAAUUGAACUAGAAAUAGUUACAGGUAACCAUAAUGUCGCUAAGCUUAAAACCUUUAAGGUUAUAUCGACCUAUUUAUUAUUUUGGUCGGCAAUACUCUGAUGAGGACAAGACCAGAUAUCAGAUUUUAGAAGCGGGACAAAAACCAAAAUUGGUUCAUGGUAAACCCUAUGCAGAAUGGAGGAAGCCAUGGAUACAACGAGACGGAGAGUUCAGAAGCAAACUUUCAGUGUUUGUGGAAAGAAACCCAAGUCCAGAUAUUCUUCAUUUUAUGUCACAAUUACCAAAUUUAACUACGAAAACAAUUAAAAACUGGUGGUUGGAUAUGAAAGAACUUCAAGAUAUUGAGAAUCAAAGAUACUUGCCUAAAAGAGUUGCCACCCUCGGAUCAAAUUUGGCUGCAGCACAUUUCUUUACAUUUCGGAACUGUGCAGUCAGGUUGAAAGAUUCAGAAGAGUGGAUAUCUGGUGAUGCAACUACGCUGAAUCUUCCCGAUCGCUAUGUUAAUGGAUACUUUAUAGAAGCUGUAGACUGUACUAACUUCUUCCAUGGAGGAAUCCGAUAUGAAGGUCUACAAAACCUGUCCAAUCUUAGUUUUUUGAGGUGGUUGAGCUUAAGGGAUAACAAAUUUGUGGAUGUCUGGGGCCUAGACCGAGUGGCCGGUCAAAAUGGAGAUAGCUUGGAAUUUUUAGAUAUAAGUGGUUGCAACAUUUGUGUAGGAUGUAUCUUUGCUCUAGCUAAGAUGAGAGCUUUGAAGUAUGUAAUCCUGACAGAUCCUGGCGACAACCUCAACUUGCAAGCAGCCAUCUCAAUAUUAGAACAUGAGAGGCCUGACUUGUUGGUAAAAGCUAUAUAGUUAGAGCAAUUUGUUACUAUAGCAAAUUAUGUUUAAUGUAAUUGUUAGUGAAUAAAUUAUUUGUUACCAAAACUUG